AACACACACCUGAUCAUCUGUAGCAUUAUAAUAUAGACAAAGAAAUUUCACAUACAAUUAUUAGAUAUGUACACAUAUAUACCAUGAAGAAGAAUACUGUUCUCAAAAGCUAGCCAAGUCAAAGAGUCUGGUCACCGUCGCCCCCCUUAUCUGUGGCACAAAAGUAUAACAGCAUAUCACCCUUUAAAGGAGAACCAACCGCUUGCACUGCUCUCGCGCGAUCAUGGCGAUCGGCGAUCUCUUCCACACCAUGUCGGCUCUCAUGGAGACGUGCAAGAAGCAGGUGUCGCAUGUGGCGAGGAGGCUUCGGUCGCACCCAAGCCUCUCGAAGCUAACCGCCGUCGGCACGAGGAAGGAUGGUGGGCGUGGCGGUGCGCCCUUCCUCCACCGCGGAGCCAGCUUGAUCCCCUUCCUCAGCAACAAGAGAAUCACUGACGACAAGAAGAGACAUGUCGGCGGCGAAGAGGAAGAGGAGGCGGGCGGCGUGUGGCAGAAGACGAUACUCAUGGGGGAGAAGUGUCAGCCGCUCGACUUCUCAGGGGCGAUACACUACGACAGUUCCGGGAGGCAGCUGUCGUCGCCGCGGACGCCGCUCCGGACCCCGAUGACUUCCUUCGCCUUCCACGAAGAAGAAGACGAAGAAGAAUUCUCUCUUCCAUGAACAUCCUUCAUCCCUCUAUGUUAUGCUGGCUUCAUCUCAACUCCCUCCUUUUUCUUUUGUCUCUGCUUGCGGUGUGAUUGGUUCUUUGUUUGGAAGUAUGUUUUACUGUGCAAAUGAUCGAAGGAGUGCGUAGGUUUUCAUCGA